AUGUAUAUAUCUGAAAGGAAUAACAGUCCGCAUCUCAACAGAUUUUUUAGCUGCAUAUUUCGUCUAACUAGGGGGGUAGUGUCAAAAGCUAUCACUUGCAGGAGAGAAAAGGGUCUAGAUCGACGACACCGGCGAGGACCUAAAUCUAUACUUUUCGCAAAAGUUGGAAGUGGAGAAGAUGGGGGGGAACAUGGGCAAUAUGGUAAUUCGAAUUCCCGAGAAGACGCUUAUCAUGCCGAGGAGAAGAAGGAGAUGAGAGGAGAAGAUACGCUCUGGACGUCGUCCAUGCCGGUUGUAUACGAAAAUGCGAAAGAGGACCUUGCAACGGACGUCGGCCAUUUUUACCCUAAACCCAUCUAUUUAGCUAUCUAUCUGCGUCCUCUCCUGCAGACCUCCAUUCCCUCGCAGCUCUCUUUGUCAUCGAAUCGACGAUCUAGAACAUCCAUUAGGACAUUUACGAAUAUGCACGCUCUAUGGGUCUUCCAUGCACACCUGGAAAAUUUUCGUAAUAAGUGCUCGUGCGGAGACGAGAGUUGGUGGCGAAUGCAAUGGAUAAACAGGCAUGAAAGCAGGAAGGAGCAGGAGCAAGUGCAAGUGCAAGAGUAG